ACCAUCAUUCCAGUUUCUGCCCCCCUGACGGAGGAGGCAGUAGACAGAAAAGUAGAGAAAAUUAAGCUAACUAGUUUUUAGUUGUAAAAUUGAUUGCACCGUAGAUUUCCUCCGUGGAAGAACAGUAGUGGACAGUAUCGAACAUAUACAAUCCAUCAAAAUUGAGAACCAAGGCGAAUCGUCCAGGAUGUCGGGUGAUCACAAAACCCUCAUCAAGGGCAACCCAUCGCAGUACGUGAAGUUGAAUGUGGGCGGAUCUUUGCACUACACGACCAUCGGAACGCUCUGCAAACAGGACACCAUGCUCCGGGCUAUGUUCAGCGGCCGAAUGGAGGUGCUGACUGACUCCGAAGGCUGGAUCCUCAUCGACCGCUGUGGCACUCAUUUUGGCACAAUUCUUAACUUCCUACGGGAUGGAAGCGUUGCUUUGCCAGAGACCACCAAGGGAAUCGCAGAACUCCUAGCUGAAUCCAAGUAUUAUUGCAUUGAAGAGCUGGGUGAGGCAUGUGAGAAGGUACUUGCUAAGAAGGAACGUGAGUCACGAGAAUCGGAACCGAUUUGUCGUGUUCCACUGAUAACGUCACAAAAGGAAGAGCAGUAUUUGAUAACUACGGCUACGAAGCCGGUCGUGAAGCUUCUCAUUAAUCGUCACAAUAACAAGUAUAGCUAUACCAACACUUCCGAUGAUAAUCUGCUGAAAAACAUUGAACUGUUCGAUAAGCUCUCGCUGCGAUUUAGUGGUCGUGUAUUCUUCAUCAAAGACGUCAUCGGUUCCAGUGAAAUUUGCUGUUGGUCGUUCUACGGUAAUGGUAAGAAGGUAGCGGAAGUGUGCUGCACUUCCAUCGUCUACGCAACCGAUAAGAAGCACACCAAGGUUGAGUUCCCGGAAGCACGCAUUUUCGAAGAAACUCUUAACAUUCUGCUGUACGAGAACAAGAAUGCUCCGGAUCAGGAGCUGAUGCAAGCUACCUCAUUGCGAGGGGCGGUGGGUGGGAUCUCAUCGUAUACCAGCGACGAGGAGGAGGAACGCACUGGGUUAGCCCGACUUCGCUCCAACAAGCAGAACAAUCCCACAUGAUUCACACAUCAGCUGAUGCUGAGAAAAAAGUUGUUGCCAAAGAGAAACUGAAGAAGCGGUUUGCAUUUUUUGCCUCUGUGAGCGAGCUGCGUGCAACAGGACAAUUUUGGUUUUCUAAUUACAUCUUGAGGUUUGCUCGUUAAUAUCGAUGAAUCGUUCUUUUAUCAGUUAAAUAAGGUUUAACAGCCCAUAAAAGCAUAACUGUCUCAUAUGAAUUGGAAAUCAAGCGGAGAUGGGACAGUUAGGCCUUUAUGGGCAGUAAAGCGUUUCAAAAUUACAUCCAGGGUUGGCAUGCUCAUUUUUUUACACAAACUGCUCUUUUGUUUAUAAAUUUUCACUCAACUAAUGAAACUUGGUUUUACUUUAAGCAAUUGGUCGGAGUUCACAGUAGACACACAUAGAGUAGCUAAAUCACAACAUUUAAACUCACGCCAAUGAGUUUUUUCUUUAUGCGAGUCUGAAAUGGGCAGCUAUUAUUACGCUUUCAGUUUUUGUGACCCAAAUUUGAGAACAGCUUUUCGUCUAAAUACCAAUCUACUGUGAGCUACGUAGCUAUAGAAACCUCAAACUCUGUUCUAUCGAUUCCUUCAAGAACAUCCAUGUUUCUUCAAUUGAGUGCAGAGUUAUUAAUAAAUGAGCAAUUUGCACAUUUACAUCUAACGUUCCCAUCAAGCUACAGAAAAAGCAUUGUCAAUGCGUCAACAGGAUAAAUUACAAUAUAUUAAAUUGUUCCAAAAGCCACUGGAACUAUUGUAUGAGUGAAUGAACAAAUGUUUAAGCCUAUCAAUUCAAUUCUAUAUAUAUUAAAUACGUGUAUGGUAACUGUUUCCUUUUCCCUGGAUUUCCCGCUGCUUCGACAAUAUGUGUGUAUUUGUGUUUAUGUAAUUAAAAAAAAAAUGUUUCAACAACUGACAAUUUGCUGUUAAGUGUCUAGAUUCCUACUUCAAGUCAUUACAUUUUCUGGUGUAGCAUGUGUAAUGAUCGAUGCAACAUAAGGCGGACUGUAUUGGAGUUUGUACGCGGUUAGUGGAACUUAUGUUGCAACUACAAAGUAAUUAUCACCUAAAAAUAUUCACAAUAAAAUUUUAGGAAAAUGUU